AUGGGAGAAAAACAGAAAAGACAACAAAGGCUUCAGACUAUUACACAGAUUCCUUGCAUUCGAGUGCCUCCAUCUGCUGACAUGACAUUACUGAAGGACCUAACCAGAGGGCAGCAGCGCUACUUUUACAGCAUCAUGAGGAUUUACAACUCCAGGCCCCAGUGGGAGGCCCUGCAGACCCGAUAUAUUCACAGCCUUCAGCACCAGCAGCUGCUUGGUUAUAUUACUCAGCAGGAGGCCUUGGCUUGUACUGCUGUACUUAGAGAUUUAACCAAGAAAGCCUCAGCCAAGGAAGCUCUGCAAAGAACCAUUCCCUGGAGGGCUUCAGCCAUGACAAGAACAUGGCUGCCAGCACUCCCAGUGUCUGUGGUUCAACCCAGAGCCAAAAGUGCAAGGCUCCGAUCCACAGGAGCCAAGACUUGGCACAAGAUCUAA